UUCCGCACCUUUCUCGAAAGUUGGAAACAAAAAAAAAGGCGCUAAUCCAAACCCUAGGGGAAAUUUUUCUUUUUUCCCUCACGUAUCUUCAUUUUCUGUAAUUAUCUUGUUCUCGUACCAUGAAAUGGGAUAUGGAGGUCGAUGAAAUCGAGGCUGUACUCGAGAAAAUCUGGGACUUACACGACAAGCUCAGCGAUGCCAUACUCUUAAUCUCGCGAACUCACUUCCUCAACUCCCUCAAAUCGCUAAAGAAAUCCGAGAGGAAGAAAAUAUACGGUGAAAACGGUGAUGGAAACCGGGAUGGUUUCGUGUUUGUGAAGGACUUUCGGGUCGACGGAAGUGACUUAGCGAUUCAAGAGGCCAAAAGUCUCAAUGAGAUUAGAACCGCUCUCGAGAACCUCGAAGACCAGCUCGAAUUUUUCCAUAUUAUACAAGCGCAACAGCGAGCAGAAAGAGAUGCUGCUAUUGCACGUAUAGAACAAAGCCGUGUUGUUCUUGCUAUGAGAUUGGCAGAGCAUCAUGGCAAGAAGUAUGAUGUAAUUGAAGAAGCUCUGGCCUUUGUAGGAGAUGUGCGGAAUUCAGGCCAUUUUGUUUCACCCGAGAACCUCUAUAGUUCACCAGUAAGUCCAUCUGGUGGGAAGUUUGUUCCACAUGAAGGGAAAAAGUCCAAUAUGCUGAUCAAUGUCUUUGUUUCAAGUUUCAAUCUGGCAAAAAAAUCCUUGAAUUUUGGGCAUAUGGGUGGAGUAUUGGGCAAUGCUGCAUUGGUUGCAGUGAGCAUGAUUGCAAUGUUGCAUCUACAUCAAGUCGCUUACAAGGACAAUAUACACAAGGUAGAAGAUAAUAUCUAUAAUAAGAGGAUUGGUAGAAAAUCCUCUCUACGGGAGUCUUCUUCGUCCAAUGGUCAUCUAAAUCACUUGGAUGUGCUAAUGGCCCAAGGAUUAUGCAGACAGAACCAGGGAAUUGCCUCGUAGACAUAAUGAGCCUGUAGAUAGUCAGUGUAUCAGAGAGCUAUGCUAUUACCGAAAACCCAGGUAUGUCUAUUAAAACUGGCUUAUGUUGGGCUCUUUUAUCUGACAAAUGAGCCCAUGAAUCCAUGGUACUCUUACUAGGUUCUGUCUCAUUUGAACUGGCCCAAUUCUCAUGAAUGCUUGAAAGGGGAUCAGCUGUUGAAAGGUAUUGCUAGAAAAUCUGAGGCUGGGAGUGAAAUACGAGUCUUUGUGGGGUUCUUUUUCGGGGCCCCCGUCAUCAUGGAAGAAAGUUGAAAAUUCUUGAAGAUGAAACAUCAACGCGCAUCACACCUUCCACACGUAAUAGGUGGUCGAGGAUGGUGCCAAAUUGUAUACCCAUCAUGAAAAAGCAAUGGCGGAAAGUUUUGUUUUUUUUUUAUUUAUUUUUAUUUUUGGAAUCAAACUCAGGCAAACAGUAGAUCAAGAGAUUUACAAAGGCGGCCAAACGCCAGCGAGCUGAAAACAGCUGGGUGGCAGAAGGUUUGAUUUUGUUAUCUGACCCUCUGUCUUUUACUUUGUCCUUUCUAGGGGGGGGCAAAGUCUACGCCUGAUUCGUUAGCAUGUGGUGAAGGAUUUGACGGGAGAAAGAAGGAAUUAAAAUCUAAAUCAGGUUUGUUUGUUUGUUUUUUUUUUUUUCCCUUUUUUUUUACCUAUGAUUGUCUUGAAGGCAUACUGUUCAGUUGGUAAUGACAUAUUAGUUCAGUAACAUUUUGUGAUAAUUAAUGGACAGUGUCAAAGUCUAAGAGAUUACUACUCAUGGUUACUGGAUUAUGAGGAAAAAAAAAAAAAAAAAGUUUUAAAUUUUUUAGACUAUGUUUGAAUGAAUCUACAAAUAGUGUGAAAUUGGUUUUCAAAUCUGCAUUUAUUUCAAUUUGGAGGGUGUAUAAAUUUAUCUUAAGGGUGUAUAAAUCAUAACAACCACUUAUGAAUCUUUUUUCGGAUUACACCCAUUAUCUCAAGUUUUGGAUCGAACUAAUCCAUUGACCCAAAUAGUUCAUGGGAGAAAAUUGAGUUAUUUGGGCCCUGGAGGAUUAACGGGCCGAGCUGCUAAUUUUCGGAUACGAGAUAUCCAUCCUAGUCACUAUGGGCGCAUUUGCCCCCAUUGACAUGUCUGAAGGAAUCAAUGUUGGGCUUAUUGGAUCUUUAGCGAUUCAUGCCCGGAUUGGGGGUCUCUAGAAAGUCCAUUUUAUAAAAUCUUUGAGAAAUCAAAAAAAGCACGGAUGCUUAAGUAUGUAUACAAUUUGAUGUAAGAUUCAUACAGCAUUAGAGGUUACCGCCUCAAUAAAAUUACACCCAACUGUUCAUCAAACGAAAAAGAAAGUUUGUAUACGUUGUGUGUAUAAACACUGGUUUGACUCAGUGGGUUAAGAAGGCACGAAACCCCACUUCAUAUUUUUUGUAAAUUAGGAGACGAUACUUUUGUCUUUUA